AAGACUGGGUUUGGAUGAGACUAACUUACUUCACACUGCCAACUGGAGGGAGCAGCAACAGAGCCCUUACAGAGGAUUUAACAAAUCAUGCUUCUGCUCGUUUUCACCGUAUCCAUUGCCAAUAUGUUUUUUGCUGUUGGAGUUGUUUGCAUGCCCCUAACGGACCAGGGCCCCCACAUCGCCCACAGCUGGGGCCAGAUGGUCCGGCUCAGGCACCUGUAUGCUGCCAGGCCGGGACUGCACCUACUGAUCAGUGGGGAUGGACAGAUCCACGGCUCUGCACACCAAACUCCAUACAGCCUUCUGGAGAUCCGUGCAGUGGAUCCAGGCUGUGUUGUCAUCAGAGGAGUAGCAACCGCACAGUUUCUCUGCAUAGAAGCCGAUGGAAGACUGUACUCAUCGCACACCUACAGCAGAGAUGACUGCACCUUCAGAGAGCAGAUUUUGCCAGACGGGUACAACAUCUACGUCUCUGACAGAACCAGAGCCCUGCUCAGUCUGGGAAACCACCGGCAGAGGCUGCAGGGUCGAGACAGAGGCGUACCGGCUCUGGCCCAGUUCCUCCCCAGGAUCGGCACCCUGGAUUACACCUCAUCCCCUGGACUGGACAUCCCUGAUGAGCCGAGACAGAGCGCAGCCCAAACGGAAGAACCUUUGGACACGAUGGACUCAUUUGGAAAGCUCUCUCAGAUCAUUCACAGUCCCAGCUUCCACAAGCGAUGAGACAGUAUCUCUGAGACACCAGGAAAUGGAUGUGUCCUGGGGGUGUUCUACUUUGUCUGAGGCCCGAAAACGCACAUUUCUCCCUGCAUGUUGCAGCAACUGACUGCAUGUUCAGCCAGCCUGCACCCAGAAAGGUAGCUGCGACAUCCUGCCAGCACUGUCCAGUCAGACAUGACUGAACAGAAUAUAAGUGCAGUGUCCUACAGUUGUCAGUAACAACCUUUACAUUUACUGAACAAACGCCCAGAGUGUGCUCAGUCUUCCUCUCCCCAAAACAGCCUAUGGCACACGGGAAGGGAUGUGUUUGACCCCAGAUUGGAGACGUGAUCAGUAACCACAGAUGAAUGAAGCACCAACAGGAACUUAAAAAAGGAGCGCCUGACUCUUUAAGCCCCCUUCCUGAAACAGCCCAGUCUGCUCUGUUGGUCAGCGUUCCCGGAUCUCCAGAAUCUCCUCAUCUGUGAUACGCUGCCUCUGUACAGGCCGUUGAAGGAGGAGACUGACUGCAACAGAAUUUAAAGCGAGACUUUAUACCAUGACAAAUCAACAAUAAAUAAAUUGUUUAUUAUUUAUAAAUAAAUAAUACAUUUAUAUUAUUUAUAAAUAAAUAAUAAACCAAAUAUUACACAACCAUACAUGUUUCAGCAGGAAUGUGAUCUGAAAUUGGGUAAAAUAAACAACCCCGGCUGCAAGGUUACAGCUUUCCUGGUGUAGCUACGUGUAGUGAGCAGUGGAUUGUAAUGGAGUAUAGCAGCACUUGCUAUCGUCAGAAAUCGCCGAUAAAUACUACACAACCGGUAAUGUUCCAGCAGUGAGAGAAAUUAAAAUUACAGCUUUUUCUGAUGUUAGCAUGUAGCUACAUGUGGCAGGGUAUAUAAUGAACACAGCGGUAGAUGCCUGGAGUAGAUGACAAUAUAUAGAAAAGCGGCUCAGUAUGACAGGAUACUUGAGCGUUCAGAACAGUGGGACAUCUGAGGAUUUAACCUCAUUAUUUUAAGCUUUGGCCACGUUUAACAUGAACAUCAGACAUUUUAACAUUAUAGAUAUGACAGAAAAUACAGUAAAAGCAUAAUAUGACUCCUUUAAGCCCCUUUCCCACUGGCCAAAAACCCCUCUAGCACACACUGACAUCUGGCUUUUGUCUGCAGUGGGAAAGGUUAUAAUAGGCAUUCAUUCCCGGGACAAAUGACCCUGCAGUAGUCACGGGUAUUUAACGACUCCAGCUCCAAUCAACAGGGAUAGAAACAGGACAGAAUUCCAUCCGUCUCUGCCCAAUCAUUUCAAAUUAGUGGGCACCGAGUUUGAAGAGAGACUGUAUAAGUAACAGACAUAGUAACAUAACAUAGUCCCUGGCCUCCAUGCUGCUUUUUUACUAUUUACUAACCCUGUUUUCCAGUGCGUUCGUGACAUCAAACAGGACACACCAGAAAAUAAAACAGAAAGACAUACUUGUCUACUGCCAGUGGGAAAGGAGUCUAAAGGCCAUUUAUAGCCGGAUUUAAAAAAAAACUGCAUAUACAUGCUAAAUAAAAGGGUCACACUGUUUGGUUCUAGCAAGUGUAGUGCCACAUGAAGGAGCACCAAAAAUGUUAUCAGACAUUUUGCCUAUUCUGAUUUGCCAUCUUAUAUAAAGUGUGUUAUAACACUAAGUGUUCAUUUUUAUACAACAUGAUUCUCAGCAUAGUGCCUGUGAACUGAGAAAGAGGAUUAGGAUGUUGGGUAAAAUGAACUGCAUUUAGAUAAGGACUUCUUUUCCACACCUGACAAAAAGUAUUGUUUACUUGCAGUAGUAUAGUUGUAUUUAUUUGGUUAUUUAAAUGUCUAGCAGUUUGAAUGUGAAUACUUCGUAUGCUUUAUUGAAUUUACCAUUGCAUUUUCUGUAUGUGAUGAUAUUUCCUGUUGUAAAUGUAAAGCAACGGUUUGCAUUGUUUGAUUAGAUAGAUUUGGAAUACAGCCUUUAUAAUAAAGCAUUCUA